AUGACGUUUCCUCCACCUCUUCCAACACCACCACCACUCGUUCUCCGUGAACGACCACCAGUACCACCACCAGUGAUUGCAUCACAAACUGUCAUUCGUCGUUUGGCUGGUUUACCAGUUCCACCACGAUCAGUCAUCAUCGAACGUAUCCCACCUGCUCCACCACGACCACGUGACAUCGUCUUGGAACGUUGGGUUCAAUAUGGACCUCAAGCUAAACGCCGUACCCUUCUUCAACGUGCUCCAGCUCCUGCACCAUAUCCAGCUCCACGAAACGUUAUCAUCCAAUACGAACAAUCUCCAGCUCGUAUUGUUCGACAAUUCCAACGCCUCGGUGUUACUGCAGCUAGCCCAUCAGCCUAUGUUCAAACAUAUGGUCUUCAACUUCUUGAUGGUGCUUCACUUGUUGCACAAGCUCGUGCUGCUGGUGUUGUUGAAGAUAUCUCAGCUCAUGGUUAUGUUGGUUAUGGUGCUGGUGCCUAUGGUCAAGAAUCAUGGAGUGCUUCAUCAGGUUUAGCCGGUGGUGCUGGUCUUGUUAGUGGAGGUGUUCAAGUUGUUGAUGGUGGUUAUGGUCUUGGUGGUGGUUAUGGUUCAUCAUCAUGGGAGUCAUCAGGCUACUCAUCAGGUGGUCUUGGUGGUGGUUAUGGUCUUGGUGGUGGUUAUGGUCUUGGUGGUGGUUAUGGUGCAUCAUGGGGAUCAUCAAGCCUCGUUGGUGGUGGUGUUAGUGGAACUGAUGCUGCUUUCGUUGGUGCUGACACCAAUCUUGAUGGCACUCUUGACCAAGGAGAAUUCCGUCAAUUCCUUGCUCAAAAUCUUUAA